UGUGUUCUAUAGCGUCUGUAUUGGGGUAAGCAGUAGUUCCAAAUACAUUCAACGUAGAAAUAAAAAAGAAGAUUUCGAAUUGUCGUAGUUUAAACUAGGGAUUAGUAAACACAUUUAUCUCAAAAUACACUAAAACCGUAUUUACAUUCUUUGUAAUGAAUGUAAAACAAGAGCUAGAAGAUACUUCCAUUAAAGAGGAAAAAUUUGAUAUCGAAGAACAUGAUAUCAAACAGGAAAACGAUGUAUAUUAUUUAAAACUAGCAUGUGAUGGUGUUAAAAUUAAAAUGAAUGAGAUGAUUUAUGACGAUGGACUAGAAUGUAAAUUAGAAACAGGCCAAAAAAUAUAUGAGAUGCAUUCAGAUGAAACUUACUCUGGUGAUAAUUUUAAUGUUGGUUCGAAUAUAUGUCCAGUUAAUGAUCAGGCAAGAUUAAUAUUGAAAAAGAAUGAAACAACUUUCACUGAUGCUCAAAUUGACUGUUCAAAGAAAGGAACUUUAUCUCAACAGAAGCAUAUGAAGCUUGAAGGUAUUUCCAUUUGUAAGUUAUGUGGAAACUUGUAUGCUAGAAAAUUUCACCUCUACCAUCACCAUUUUACACAACAUCUUGUCAAGAAACCUCUUCGUAACAUAAUUCAGAAACAAAAGUUCAGAUUAAAACAAAAUGCAGUAAACGAAUCUGUUCAAACAAUAGAUAUAUUAAAGAUGAAGGCUGCCAAUAAAAGUAAAUUAUGUGUGGAUCGGUUGCAAGAGUCGUUUAAUCAAAUUAAAUCACGUGCAACAAAAUCCACUAGUGAAAGUAGUUCAAUUAGAAAGUCUCGUAUUCAUAACGGAGAAAACAUCAAAUGUGACAUUUGUUUAAAAACUUUCUCACACAAAUCUAGUUUGAAUGUACAUUUGCAAAGUCAUACUGGAAAAAACCCAUUCAAAUGCGACAUUUGUUUAAAAACUUUCUCAUGCAAAUCUAAAUUGGAUAUACAUUUACUAAUUCACACUGGGGAAAAACCAUUCAAAUGCGACAUAUGUUUGAAAAGUUUCUCACAUAAAUCUAGUUUGAAUAUACAUUUGCUAAGUCACACUGGAGUAAAACCAUUCAAAUGCGACAUUUGUCCAAAAACUUUUUUAUAUAAAAAUAGUUUAACCACACAUUUGCGUUAUCAUACAGGGGAGAAACCAUUUAAAUGUGACAUUUGCUUAAAACAAUUUUCAGAAAAAGUAUCUUUAAAAGUACAUUUGCGUAGUCACACUGGGGAAAAACCUUUCAAAUGUGAAUUUUGUUUGAAAACUUUCUCACACAAAUCUAAUUUGAAUAGACAUUUGCCGAGUCACACUGGAGAAAAACCAUUCAAAUGUGAUGUUUGUCCAAAAACUUUUUCACAAAAAAAUAGUUUAACCACACAUUUGCGUUACCAUACAGGGGAAAAACCAUUUAAAUGUGACAUUUGUUCAACACAAUUCUCAGGAAAAGUAUCUUUAACAAUACAUAUUCGUAGUCACAGUGGGGAAAAACCUUUCAAAUGUGAUAUUUGUCCAAAAACUUUCUCAAAGAAAUAUAAUUUGAAAAGACAUUCGCUAAGUCACACUGGAGAAAAAUCAUUCAACUGUGAUAUUUGUUCAAAAACUUUUUCACAAAAAAAAAGUUUAACUACCCAUUUGCGUUAUCAUACAGGGGAAAAGCCAUUUAAAUGUCACAUUUGUUCAAAACAGUUUUCAGAAAAAGUAUGUUUAACAAGGCAUGUUCAUAAUCACACUGGAAAAAACCCAUUCGAAUGCGACAUUUGUUUAAAAACUUUCUCAUGCAAAUCUAAAUUGAAUGUACAUUUACUAACUCACACUGGGGAAAAACCAUUUAAAUGCGACAUUUGUUCAAAAUCUUUCUCACAAAAAAAUAAUUUAACAACACAUAAGCGAUAUCAUACAGGGGAGAAGCCAUUUAAAUGUGACAUUUGUUUAAAAACUUUCUCACAUAAAUCUAGUUUAAGUGUACAUUCGUUAAUUCACACUGAAAAAACCCAUUAAAAUGCGACAUUUGUUUAAAAACAUUCUCAAAAAAAUGUCAUUUGCCAAGUCUCACUAGAGAAAAGCCUUUCAAAUAUGAUGUUUGUAUCUAGAUAUAGUUUGAUUGUUCAUAAAUGUUUUCACACUGGUGAACAUAUUGUUGAGUGAAUUAUAUAAAUUAGUUGAGUGUAGUGAAAGGUUUUUGAAUAAAUUAAGAACAUAA